AUGGUCCGAGCAGUGGAACAAGAACAGGAAACUUACAGGUCCAAACUGUUUAAUUUCAGAGGGAUGUUUGAGAGCACUGGGAGGCAUACUAAGAGCUUGAGCGUUGAGACUGCUAGCAUGUUAGAUCCUACAGAGGAUGAUGCAGCGUCAUCAAGAAGUCAAGGAUCAAAUUCCGAGAAGGUUCCCAAGGCAAGGACAAUAAGCAAGGAGGAAAUCUCAGCUAAGGAAGCCAAAGAGAAGCUAUUGCAAGAGAUGGAACAGAUGAAGGAAAGAUUUGCCAAACUGCUAUUGGGUGAGGACAUGUCCGGUGGAGGAAAGGGUGUUUCUUCUGCUUUGGCACUGUCAAAUGCAUUCACAAACCUUGCUGCUUCUAUUUUUGGUGAACAAAAACGCCUAGAACCAAUGCCGGCAGAAAGGAAAGCAAGAUGGAGAAAAGAAAUUGAUUGGCUUCUAUCUGUCACGGAUAACAUUGUUGAAAUGGUUCCUUCACAACAAAAAUCCAAGGAUGGUUCAAACAUGGAGAUUAUGACAACACGACAAAGAACUGAUCUCCACAUGAAUAUCCCCGCCUUGCGCAAGCUUGAUGCAAUGCUUCUUGAUUGUCUGGAUAACUUCAAAGAUCAACAAGAGUUCUAUUAUGUAUCGAAAGAUUCAGAUCAAGACAAUGCAAAGACAAUGAAUGAUGAUAAGUGGUGGUUACCUACACCUAAGGUUCCUGCAGAGGGUCUAUCUGAAGUGGCUAGAAAAUUUCUGCAGUAUCAGAAAGAUAGUGUACAACAAGUACUCAAAGCAGCCAUGGCAAUAAAUGCUCAAGUUCUAACAGAAAUGGAGAUCCCGGAAAGCUAUGUUGAAUCCCUACCCAAGAAUGGCAGAGCAAGUCUGGGAGACUCAAUCUACAGGAGUAUCACAGUUGAAUUUUUUGAUCCUGACCAGUUCCUAUCAACCAUGGACUUAUCAUCAGAGCAUAAAAUCCUAGAUCUCAAGAACAGAAUUGAAGCAUCAAUAGUGAUUUGGAGGCGGAAGAUGAACCAAAAAGAUUCCAAAUCUGCUUGGGGUUCUGCUGUUAGUUUGGAAAAAAGAGAGCUCUUUGAAGAGAGAGCAGAAACCAUCUUACUCCUCUUAAAGCACCGUUUCCCUGGCACUCCUCAAUCUUCACUGGAUAUAAGCAAAAUCCAAUUCAACAGGGAUGUGGGGCAAGCUGUUCUUGAAAGCUAUUCAAGAAUAUUGGAAAGUUUGGCCUUUACGGUACUUUCAAGAAUAGAUGAUGUACUUAACGCAGAUGUUCAAACUCAAAAUCCAACAGGAAAAAGGAACGCUGGCAGAAUCUCAGUUUCAAAGCCGAGUCCAAGAGAAGAGAUAGACAAGGGUGGCGCAGAAACACCUUGUUCAAUGACACUAUCAGAUUUCAUGGGUUGGGGCUCUGAUCAAGGUGACUCAGACAUGAAGAAGGACCCCUUUGCAAUUUCAGAUGACUUUUACAAUGACGUUGAUGCAAAGCAACAAAAAAUUCCAAACGUAAUCACCAAGAAGAUGUCAUACCUUGAGAACUUGGGAGUUUUGAGAAGUCCAACAUCUCGACAUUAAAAACACGUGUCAGAAGGAAUGAGAAAGAUGACAGGAAAACAAUUUUAAAGUAAGAAGCUUGGUCUUCAAAAGCACUAUUAGACCCAUAGAGGUGUUUGUUGGACUUUUGAUUGUUGAUUCUACACCAAUUCUUUCCUUUUGUACAUAGGAAUGAUGAUACAAAAUCAUCGGCUUUGAAGCAUUGGUCAGAUUUUGAUGAUACCAUGAGUACCGUGACUUUUGUUCCCCAUGACCUUUCCUUUCUGUGGCAGUUUUAAUGUAGACAUCUUGCUGUGGUAAUCUCACAGACCAAUGUUGUGUUAACAUACCAUUUCUACUAGUAUUGCUUUCUAUAAACUAGUAUCAUUGAAUUAAACGCCAGGAAUUUAAGUGAGUAAGUAAAAUAUUGCCAAUCGACUCAUCUGAUACAUGAACUUCGUCACUAAAAAGAUGUUGAGUUUCAUUCUUAUUGGUCAUCCUUUGCUAUUAUGUGGUGAUCUAAAACACUCUGCCAGAGUGAAACUAGUGAAUUGCUCGGACCUUGAAAAAAGAUUUCAUAGAGACCUUAGUCUUUCAUGAAAGUUAAUUUCCUAUAUUUGCUCCAUGCCAUGUCCCAAAUCCAAAUUAAGACCAACUUCACAAUCAAAUCAAAUAGCCCAC